AUGGUACACGUCCUGCAUAAUUACUCGCGCUCUGCUCCAACAUCACCACUUCAACACCUUCUCAUCACCAUGCGGCUUCUUUCGCUUUUCCUCGCGUCAAAAGCCGCCCAGUUCGUGCUUCUUUCGCUUGUUCCUGCGCAAUUUGAUACUUCGUCGCAGAUACUCCUAUCCCACCAUCGUCCUGAAAAAUAUGCCCUUGUCUCAGCGUUUCCCAUUCCUUUACAAAAGGCUGCAGAGUUUGUCUUGUCUCGCGUUGUAGACCGUUUAGUCGUCUGGGAUGCGGUUUACUUUAGCCACCUUUUCACGAACGGGAUAACCUAUGAGCAUGAAAAUGUUUUCUGUCCUCUCUGGUGGCGGCUCGUGAGUUUUUGUAGCCGCCAGCUUGGCUGCCAUAAUUUUUACAGCCGGUUUUUGUGCGCGACAUUGUUAUCGUGCACCGCCCACUAUGCCGCGACACUUGUGCUUGGUGCCUACACCCGCCUUGUUUUUCAGGACGCUCGUCUUUUUUCGCCCCAGCGCAUGGCGCGCGCGGCCCAAGUUGUGUUUGUGAUUUCGCCCGCAGGCAUUUUUCUCACCGCACCGUACGCCGAGCUGGCCGCUGCCCUCUGCAGUUUCGCGUGUUUGUACUUGCGCGAGAGUGGUACGCUCCAAGGCGUGGGCUCUCUAUACGUGGCUAGCGGCAUCUUUGCUGCUCUAGCUUACGGCAUGCGUGCCAAUUGCUUGUUGUUGGGCGGUGUCUAUCUCUGGGAUGUGGCCUGGCCCCGAACGGCCGGUGUGUUGGUGGGCCCUGGUUUAACAGCUAGACGCAUAUGGGCGUUGGCGGCUGGUUGUAUAUUGGGCGCCUCUUUCGUGGCCUCCAAUGUAGCCAACUACGUUUCAGUUUGUUCCCUCGGCCGCGGUGAGUGGUGCGACCAAGUGGUGCCAUCGCUCUUUGCCUAUGCUCAGUCCCACUAUUGGAACGUAGGUUUCAUGCGCUACUGGAGUGCAAACAACAUUCCGAACUUCAUGUUUGCGAUCCCUGUGGUGACGUUACUGGUGGUGAGUAUUCGGUAUUUCCAAUAUGAGUAUCCUGUGGACCGUGUGCUGGCUGUUCUGGCUGUCAACGGCUUGUUCGUCAUGAUGGUGGUGUUGUUCUGGCACGUGCAGAUCGUCACGCGUAUUCACACUUUCUUACCUAGCGUGUACUGGCUUAUGGCCGGGUUUUUUACCCAGAAGGGGCUUACAGGUGCUCGCUGGGGACGUUGGUGUAUGGCGUACAUGGUGGUGUGGUGCGCGGUCCAGACUGCUAUGUUUGGUGCGUUUUUACCACCAGCCUAG